AUGGAAGUGCUAUCCAAGAAAAACAAACCAAGCCAUUCUUGCCUCCGACCGCCUUCACAACCUCACGCUGUCUUCGACCCUGGAUUCUUCGACCACAUCGACAACCUCGACCACCACAACAACAGCCAACCGCGACCAGCAAAGCAGCACCGUGACUCCGACUGCGUCACGAAACGAUUCGAGUCGUCAUUGGCUGCGCUGUUUUUUCUAUUUUCAACCGAGACCGACGCUCGCAUCGCGUCCAGUAUACUUCCUGUGAAUCUCUCGAUCAAAGUCGCCGGGAUGCCGUCGGUGGCUCAGGAAGGCCCCGAGGCUGACGGCCGGAACAACAGCGGUACUGCACAUGGCAUCUCCGUCCUCGCUAAGAAACGGCGGUGGGAUGACAGCUGCAGGGCCAGCGGCGGCACUGUCGGCGGCGGAAACGACGUCGUCACCAUCUUCGUGCACGGUUCCGACCACGACCGCGUGGAUCAACGCAACACACCUACGACAGGAGCGACAGCUACCUACACUCUCAACCACUUGUCCCCUUCACAACGAAAGAUUAUCCCUCUCGGAAGCAAAAGGCUUUGCUUGAGCAACAGCAGUGUCGACGACGGCCGGCCAUUAUCAAUAUCAUCACCUUCGAGAGCCGGCCGUGACUCGCCGUUGUCACACCACCAUAGCCUUCCUGCGCAGUCGACAACAGCGCCGUGCCACAUCUGCCAUCGUAGGCCGCGGCGGAAGGUCGACUUGGACUCGCUCGCCAACUGCGAGGGCUGUGGCCAGAGAACGUGUUUCGUGUGUCUCCGAGAAUGUCUCAGUUGGACCGAGAACGAAACCCCGACAGAGUCGACGCAUCCAUCCCAAAAACAGCUACAGCCUUGGUCUACAACCAGCCAUGGCCAUCGCCGGAUGGUCUGUAGUCGGUGCUGCGUGGAACGCGGCGAGGAUGGCGACGUGGUUUGCCUCGGCUGCAUGGCUGUGACCGGAGAAUAA